UCUUCCUCCACCCAUUCAUCACCCGCAGCGAUGUCUAUUUUUGAGCGAGCGACGGAAGCCGUGUCUUUUCUGACACAAAAAUUGCCGCACGACUUCCCGCGUCCUCGGGUGGCCAUCGUCUGCGGAUCAGGCCUCGGCGGUCUCGCCGAUACCAUUCAGGACGAGCCGCGGGCCGAAUUCGACUAUGCCACCAUCCCUCAUUUCUCGCAGUCGACGGUGGCAGGGCAUGCUGGCAAGCUGGUAUUCGGGCUGCUAGGUCCAAUUCCCGCCGUGUUGAUGCUGGGCCGCCUACAUUACUACGAGGGCCAUGCCAUCGACCAAGUGACAUUCCCCGUCCGAGUGUUCAAAUUGCUCGGCGUGGACACAAUCGUGUUGACCAAUGCCGCGGGGGGCCUCAACCCCGACUACGCCGUGGGAGAUAUUGUACUGCUCAACGAUCAUCUAUUUAUGGCGGGACUGGCAGGCGCCCACCCAUUAAGAGGGCCCAACGCAGCUGAAUUUGGGGUUCGCUUCCCACCACUAUCCGAUGCCUACGACCUGGAACUUCGUCGCCACGCGCACCAGGCCUGGAAAACCGUCAUGGCCUUGGGGGCCACCCGUAAACUGCACGAAGGCGUCUAUGCGUUCGUCGCGGGUCCCAGUUACGAGACCCGAGCAGAAAGCCGUAUGCUUCGCAUGCUGGGGGCUGAUGUGGUGGGAAUGUCGACGGUGCCAGAGCUCGUCGUUGCUCGGCAUUGCGGUAUCCGAGUGCUUGCCCUCAGUCUGGUGACCAACAACGUUGUGUUGACACCCGUCCCCCAGGGGGACGAGGAGCGGCUUCAAGGCAAAGCGGCUGGAGAACUGAGCGCCAUUCUGGAAGAAGGCAAGGCAGGCCAUGAGGAGGUUCUUGAGGCUGGUCGUGCCGCCGCAGUCGACAUGCAGAAAUUGGUGGUGCAAGCCCUCUUGAAUGUCUUUGGCCACGCUUGA